AUGCACCAGCCUGAUAUUGAAUGGAACACAGAGCAUGUAACAGCGACGGCCACCUGCCACUGUGCAGCACUCGGGCGUCCUGGCGAGGGCGGGUCUGGAGGGCGUGGCUGCGGCGGUGCCGGCACCCAGGCGCACCCAGAAGAUGCUCCUGCCGCCCCUCGGCGCCGGGAAGCCGAGCGACUGGCAACGCCAACCGUGCCCUGCAAAUGGUUUGUAUUUGCGCCAGAGUGUGGCAUCACGGGGUCGGACGUGAUCGACACGCGCAUCGUCGGCGGCUAUCAGGCGCCACCGCACAUCUUCCCCUGGAUGGUGGCCAUCCUGUACAACGGCUUCAUGAACUGCGGCGGCUCCCUCAUCAACGACAGAUACGUGCUCACCGCCGGCCACUGCCUAAACUGGGUCAGUCCGAAGAACAUCUCGGUGAUGUUGGGUAUCAACGACUUGCUGUCCCUUCAACGAGUACUGCCACGCGUCGACCGUAUCAUCGUGCAUGAUGACUUCGACCGAGACUUCCUGCACGACAUCAACGAUGUGGCCCUCAUCAGGCUGGCGGAGUCCGUCCCCUUCAACGACCAGGUGGCCCCCGUCUGUCUGCCGCAAAACGUGGAGACGGACUACGCAGACCAGCUCGCGAUCGUGGCAGGCUGGGGCCGUGUCGGGCAAGACAAGCCACUGUCGCGCUUCCUCCUCGCAGCCGAGGUCCGCGUCAUCUCCAACGACUUCUGCCGCAAGUCGUCCAUCGGCGAUCAUAUCAAGGAUAACAUGCUGUGCACCUACUACGAGAAGAAGGACGCUUGUCAGGGUGACAGUGGCGGUCCAUUAGUAGUUUCGUCAAAUGAUGGUCACUUCGAACAGAUUGCACCUACAGUCCAACAGCAUGUGUGCUCCAACACUAUUACUUAUUUUGUUCACAAAGUAUGUGACUUACCAAAAUACAACUGGGGUGCAGCAAAAAAUUCUAAAAUUCCAUCAGAUUACUAG